AUGCCUGGCGUCGCGAGCGACCACAAACGCGCGAGCUCGGCGCAGCUCGCGGAGGAGCGACCCGCGAAGAAGCUGAAAACUGACGGGAGUGGCGAGCGCAAGGAGAGGAAGCGGAGGAAUAAGAAGAAGAAGAAGGUGCCAGUGGUAAAGAGGGAGGAGGAGAGGGCGCUGCCGGUUGCGUCUGGCUCGGGGUCGGAGGUGAAGGCGGAGGAGACGACGCUGGAGUCUGCGGCUGGCAGUCCAGUGUCGCGCUUGCAUGGAAGUGAUGGUGCCUUACCCCAGGGAUUGGUGAAUGGGAAGGGUACGAUGCUGAACGGCGCUGGUUCUCAUGGGUCGAGCCCAAGUGGAUCUGCUAAGGGCAAGGAGAGAGCGAUCGACGAAGAUGGAUUGAAAGAGACCAACGAUCAACUCAAUGACGAGCUGUCAGCUAAGGCGAAGCUUCUUUCACAGCACACGUCCCUUCUGGGACAACUCCAGCAAUCGCUGACCUGCCAAAUCUGCCUGGACCUCCUCUACAAGCCUUACGCGCUCGCACCGUGUGGGCACGUCGCGUGCUAUACUUGUCUCGUGAGGUGGUUCAAAGGCGAGGGUGGCGAGAAUGAGAGGCCAGCGAUCUUCAAGGCCAAAAACUGUCCGCACUGCCGUGCACCUGUGAGGGAGAAGCCCGCGUUGGUGUGGAGUAUCAAGGAGAUGGUUAGCAUGGUCGUCAAAAGCGGCCUCGUAGAAGGAUUCACUUCUUUACCGGAGGACCUCCCACCAAGAGCGGAAGCUGCUGUCGGUCCACGCCGCGGACGGCAGCCCGAUCCCUGGGAUGGGAUCUUCCGUUCCUCAAUCAACUUUGGCCACGGCAUGCCCGCCUUGCCACACAUCGCACAGAUGUUCCAGCCACUCGGUGCCAACGGAUUGCCCAUCGCCGCGAUCCCGUUACCGCAAAACCCCGUGACCAUGGGUAUCCGUGACGAGGAGGACGGUGGGAUCUACCGCUGCAAUGAUUGUCUGCACGAGAUCGCAGACGGAGCCUGCACGUACUGCGGGCGAGUAUACCCCGGGCACGCGCAUCACCCGCACGCACAUCUGCAUUACGACGCGGAGGGGUACGGCGACUUCGACGACUUCGAUGAUGGCAGCGAUGGGGAGUCGGUGUUUGGCUGGGGCGAGGCGGCGCCGCUGGGGUGGUUACCGGUUGGGCUGGACAGCUCGGAUGAACACUCGCAAGCUGACGAUGAUGAAGGACCGCCGCGGCGGUAUGGACUUCGUGCUAUUGAGGACGGUGAUGGGGAUGGGGACGGUGGGGACGAUGACGACGAGUCGUAUGAAAGCAGCUUUAUCGACGAUGACGACGCGCCGCCGCGGCCUCUCCCGCCUUUCGAGACUGUGCAGGCAUUCUUGAGGGACCGUUCACGGUCCGGCGCGCCUGCGCCGGAGGACGAGACGGAUGGAGAGAGCCGCUUCGAGGAGGUCCAUUCGAGCGCGGAAAGCUCUGUGCGCGGCGUCCGCGGUUCUCCUCCUCAUGAUGCCCCCGGUCACUCCAGUCGUGAAAGCAGCUCGAGCCCUGGCCCAUCUCGUGGCCGCCGGAGAGCUGUUGUCAUUGACUCUGAUUCAGAGGAGGAAGGCUCUGACAAGGAAAAUCAGGAUGAUGUUGUUCCCGGGCAUUCGCUGGCUGACAUUGUAUCAGCAAGAGAGUUUGAGCUGUACGGUGACGAUGGUUCCGUCCCGCGCCCAUCAUCCUCCCGCCGUCGUCUGCCCAGAAGCUCCGUGGUGGAAGAUGAAGACGAACCAGAUAGUGACGAGUCGCAGUACGGCUACUCCGUCGGCGGGAGAUCGCCACCGCGAGGACACUGGCUGGAAGAUGAAUCCGGUGGUGAUCGUGGCUCGGACGAAGAAUAUGGAGGAAGGCCUUACUUGGGCGAUGCUUGGGAUGAGGCGGGGGAUUAUUCCGACGAGCAUGACGGGGGGAACUAUUUGAGUGACUGGGACUAGCGGAGGUUGUCCGUGCUGCUCUGUAUUAUAGUCGCUCCUGUGCGCCUCUUAUGUGCUGCUGUUGCUUAUUUUGUCACUUAAUACUACUAUAUUGCGGCCUUGCAUCGACUUCGCUGUGGAACGGUCGAGUUGUAAUGCAUGACACUGACAUG